AUUUGCAAUUCCCAGUACUAUUUUGUCACGAAUCAAUUCAUCUUUCAAUCCCCCGUAUUCACAAGUGGCGGAUUUUUCUCUCAAACGGGUUACAAAAUUGUGUACUGACUCACCCUCUUCCUGUUUGCAGCUUCCGAAAACGAACCGCUCGUAAAUUACGUUUCUGGCGGGUUUGAAGUAAUUCUCCAAUGCAUCCAAUAUAGCCUUUGCAUCACACUGUUGUCGCGCUGUGAGGGUGAGAUUGUGCCGGUAGAUAUGCCUGCAUUCGCUGCCCAUUAAACUCCUCAGAGUUGCCGCUUGUACCUCGUUGGGUUUCUCAUGUAGACCGGUCGCCAGCGCAUAGUCCUCGAAUUCAUCCCUGAAAUUGUCCCAAUUAGUAUUCCAGUCCCCUGUGAGAACCAUGGGAUUAGGUGGCGGAAUGUUCGCUGCCAUAGCGAUGGAAUAGGAGACUUCUUUGCCUUCAGUCAUCGAGGGAUGCUGUGCGGAUCAUUCCAUCACAUGCAGCAGUCCCGAGCAUAUGGAGAACCGCUGAUUCGUCGACUUCCAAGGACCAGGGUGCUGAAAUGGAACAAAUAUGUUUGAUCAUUUUGCUUAUAAGUAAGGCAUUAUCAGUUGGAGCACAAUUCAAUGGAUACAACUGUGAUGCCAACUUCCACAGCCGCUUCCCUGCGGAGCGGGACAUUAGUGUGUACUGUGGGGUGCAGACAAUCACCCUCAAGAUCAACUUUUGUCCUGUUCUCUUCUCCGGCUACACCGACACUGACCUGGCCCUCAACGGUCGCCAUGGAGAUGCCCACUGUCGUGGUUUCAUCAAUAACAACACCUUCCCCACCGUGGUCCUCUUCAGCAUUAGCCUAGCCACCUUGGAGACAUGUGGCAAUGCCCUGGUGGUUUCCACGGCUCAGGGGCCUAAUGCUUAUGGGAACCUCUCACUGGUGCAGAUUGGGAACAUAUCAGGGUACAUCGAUACACCAGAUCCCCCGACUAUCAUUAGCUACCUGCCAGGUCUGCUCUACAAAUUCAGCUGUAGCUACCCUCUGGAAUACCUGGUGAACAAUACACAGCUGGCUUCGUCAGCUGCUGCAAUAUCAGUGAAGGACAGCAAUGGUACUUUUGUCAGCACUUUGAGUCUACUGCUUUACAAUGACUCGUCAUACGUUCAGCAGCUGUCAAUCCCUAUGGCGGGGCUCACACUGAAGACACGUGUGUUUGCAGCAGUCAAAGCUACCAACUUGGACAGGAGAUGGAAUGUUCUGAUGGACUACUGUUACACCACCGCCUCUGGGAAUCCAAAUGAUGAACUUCGCUAUGACCUCUUCUUUAGCUGUGACAAAGACCCACAGACAACUGUGUUUGAGAAUGGGAAGAGUCAAAUGGGCCGUUUUGCCUUUGAAGUGUUUCGCUUUGUCAAGCACAAGAACCAGAAAAUGUCUACUGUCUUCCUGCACUGCGUUACCAAGCUGUGUCGAGCCGAUGACUGCCCCAUGCUCAUGCCGAUCUGUGGUAGUAGAAAGAAGCGGGACGUCUCAGAGAGGACAGAAUCAAACUCUGCAUCAGGAAACGCUAUCAUUACUGCUGGACCAAUAAUCACAAGGAGCGAUGACACUCCAAUGAACAACUCACAACUAGCUCAACUAAACAGCCCAGUGUUUCGGAUGAACACGGUGACCAGCGCACUUAUCUCAGGCAUCAUCAUCCUUGGUGUAAUGAGCCUGUGUUUCUUCAUCUUAUCCCUUACCCUCCUCAAGGGCAAGAGGGCCCCACCGACCAUCUUGUCGGGGGCUCGCAACCCAGCUUUCAACUAACUCCAGCGAUCGCCCCUGCUCCCAAGAUCUUGCCUUCCCCCUCCAUAGAAGGAGAGAGUGGGACUCACAUGUACACAUUUACAGUAGAGUGAAAAUCCCAAAUUGUUCAUUUAUAUGAAUGUAAACUGUACUGUAUAAUUCAUGUUAGCAUAGGUAUAGUUGACAUCUCGAGAAUGUAUAUUUCUUUGUAUGUAUUGUACUUAUAUUGUUUCAACCCAGUGACAGUCCGGUUAUUGUUAAGCGUUUAAUUUGCAAAGUGGAUUUCAGUUAAAUUUAAUACCUCAGCUACUCGGCGUCCUAUUGCAGGGUAAAGGAUAAUUUACAAGAAAUACAUAUAGCGUAGAAUAAACUGGUCUAACACCAAAUUCUUGUUUAGUUGGUAUGUUUACAGGGAGAAAUGUAAACGCUAUCCUUGAACUGGAUAUAACAUGAGUGACCUCUAAACAACAUCCUAUGCAAUUAUUAAAAAACUCAGAAAAGAGCCUGGGGUUGGAUUUCGUUAAUUUCCUGAAAAGACUUAGACCACUGUGUAAGGGUUGUAAUGAAUGAAAAGCUAACAAAAAAAUAUACUAGUUACAUUUUAUAUCCAUUAUGUUAUUAAUAUUGCUGAUAAGUACCAUAGUUAGUAUAAUGAUUAUAAUACAUUAAUUGAUAGGUCAUUACUCAUGAAUGCUAGGUAAAUGCUCUACCUAAAUUAAUGCAAUCUUCAAAUUGUUUUACUAGUUUAAAUUACAUUUUGGAUUGAUAUUAGGCUUUUUAGUGAAAUGUGUACCAAGAGUUUCAUUCCAAAACGCUAUAAUAUACAUUUUCAGAAAUGUUGGUUAUAUUAGCUUUUAUUGUUUAAAUAAAUUAUGAAAGGGAUUGGUCUGUUUGUUUGAAAUCUACAAAAAAAGGUUUCAUUUCAGAGAGAAAAAUAAUCAUGUUUUGUUGCAAAAUGCUAUAUAUCUGCCUCCCUUUCAGAGAAAAAAGUAGCACAGCUAGGUUUUAUGAAGUCAAAUGUGACAUAACUACAUUUUUUAUAAAAAACUGUACAAAUUAUACCUUUGUGACAUCAAUAUAUAAUGACGAAAAUGUCUAUGAGAAAAUGUCUAUGAGAUCAGUCUAUAUAUAUAUAUAUAUUUGCAAAAAUAUAAAUAAUUUUCUGUGUAUAUAUAUAUAUAUAUAACAUAUAUAUACAAAAAAUGAUUCAAUGCAGUAAUAUGAGAUCUGUAUGUAAAAUAUAAACAUUUUUGUCAUUUAGCAGACGCUGAUAUCCAGAGUGACUUACAGUUAGUGCAUUUAUCUUAUAGCUAGGUGGGACAACCACAUAUCACAGUCAAAUAUAGAGUGAAUUCGGAAAGUAUUCAGACCCCUUCCCUUUUUCCACAUUUUGUUACAUUACAGCAUUAUUAUAACAUUAAAUAAAUAUAAAUACUCAACAAUCAACAAACAAUACUCUAUAAUGACAAAGUGAAAACAGGUUGAGAAAUUUUUUCAAAUGUAUUAAAUAAAAACAGCGAAACCUUA